AUGCUUACCCAAACCCUUGCAGGCUCUCUAGCACGAAUUGGCCCCAAUGAGCUCCUCGACGAGGACCCGGAGCUUGUGAGGCGCAUCGCUCGGCAUGCGAAGCGACUAUCGUCGUUCAAACUAGUACGACGGCAUGCGCUUCAACUCGGCAACGUCCUGCAGUGGAGGGACGAGGACAAGCACUUCAAGUUUCGGUACAAGAUGGUGGCUGUUUACUCCGGUCGUGAGGUAGACAGCCCCAAACAAAAGGUCGAUGACAACCUGCUGGGGCUCCUCAGGCUCAUUGAAGGCCAUAUGGCCACAAGGCACAGUGCCCGGCUCACUUGCAACCCUAGAAUGGCCGGCUCAGGCACCACGGCCACGGCAAUCCGCGCCACCCUCCUCUACAUGAUCACCAAUCCGUGCGUGCACGCCAAGCUUCUCGCUCAGAUCUCCUCCUCCCCGUCUUUCGCCCACCGGCCCGUGGCCAUAGAUGCCGAGGCCCGCGGCCUGCUGUCUCGCCGGGUCGUCAUCAAAAAGCGACUUCACAUCUUCCCACCUGUGACGGGGACCAUGGCGAAAGAGGCUCCGGCAGAGAGGGACACGUGGAAUAAGCGGUUCAUACCCGGCGUCACGUGCAUCGGGUGGUCCGCCUAGGCCAUGUUUCGCCGGGAAGACUUCUGGGGCGUCGAUGCGCGGGAGUUCCGCCCCGAGCGCUGGCUGGGCGGGGGGUUACGGCGGCACGACGCUGGCGGAGAAGCUGCGCGAGAUGGAGGCGACAAUCGAUAUGGCGUUCCGCUACGGGAGAUUCUAGUGUCUCGGACUGCCAAUGGCGCUGAUUGAGUUGAAAGAGGUCUUUUCGAGGUGAGAGUUCCUAUGUUUCAUUCCGUCCUCCCGUAAUAUUUAAGGAGAGGGUGCUCUCUCGCUUUGAUAGUCGACAGAUGAAUCGUAUUGCUUAUGUGGUCCUCGUCAGCUGCUUCUAUGAUAUGACCUGGCCGUAUGCGACCCGCUGAAACCUUUGGAGACUUUUAACUGCGGAAUUCACGCUCAGUCGAACUUCUGGAUCGGGGCGCGUCGAAAGGAGUAGGACAUAGACGCUGGAGUCCCUUUACCACGAUGUCAUCAGAAUCAAGGUUUCGGGUGGCGAAGCCGCUGAUUCCAGGUUU